CCGCGAAUUAACAGUCAGCCGGAGAACACGAUAUAACGUCGAUAACGGACAGUCGGUCGGGACGCGCAUGUGACCACAACAGAAUAUCGCGCCGUUUAUUUUUGUUUCUCCGUGGUUCUCUGAUAGUUUCGUCGGUGUUGCGGUGCUCCGUCUCGUGAUUUUCCGCUCGCACAAGACCCAAAUGUACCUGACGAUGUACUACAGCAGUACAACGUAAUAAAAUCAUAAUAUUAUUAUAAUAAGGGUAUAGCACGGUAUACCAGACGACGACUGUUGACUAUAUUAGUGCCACCUCGUAUAGACAUCGCUCUGAAGCAGCGGAGCAACUAGAGGGGACGUCGUCGCCACGCCGGACGCCUACAUUUAAUUAUCUCAGACAAGUAGUUGCUGAUAGAGAAAAUUCACAUUCGACAAAGAAUAGGCCGAAAAGGGGUGAGGAGAAGAAGAUGAAGAAGAUGAGCCAUUGAACCGUGCUUACUUCCAAUGUAAACACGGUUUAAUUCCUUGCUUCAGAACCAAUUAAAACCACUUUACGAAUACAGUUGCUGAAAGAUAACCGCGUGAAAACAUGUGAUCUAUCCAAACGCGGCGGUUAACUGACAGAUUAGCAGCGGGCGUCGGUGAUCGGAUGGAGGACGAGUGCGACGGCGGUGCCGGCUGAAGAAGAGCGGACCGCAAAAGUAGUCGUCGCCGCCGUCUCGUGCUGCAGAGCGGCGUGCGCGGUCGCCAACGACACGAAUUUUGAUAUUAUUAUGACGUCUCGUUCACAGCCCUCGCCGGUGUUGCUGCUCUUGCUCACCCUCCUGUGGGACACCGUUUCCGGCACCGUUUCCAUCACCCGGCAUCAUCGUGGAGACGUGUUCGACGUGUCAGACGUGAAAUGUUCGAUGGAAACUUGUGUCGGAGUGAGCAGCGGUACGGCGUCGCUGGUCGACGGCAUCGUAGCCGCAGAACGCGAUUACCCGUCAUCGGUGGGAAGUAGAGGCUACAAACAAUCGACCGGAACGUCCGCGGAACCGUUGAACAGCGGAAACUGCAGGUGUCAGUGCAUACAACCCAUGCCCGUGUUCAGGGACGACUUACGGAUAUGUGUUGACGAUCUGCAAGAAUGUUCGUUAGCUUCAUUCGUGUCUGGCACAACGGUACAAAAGAUACCUUACGUAUUUCUACCACUACAAGGACAAAUCGUGUAUCCUAGUGCUGAAAUUAAAAUUACUGGUAUGCAAUAUCCUAUUUGUGCUAUUUCAAAGGCAAAAUAUUUAACUAGAGGAGGUUGGUUAAAUUUUAAAAACCAAUCGGACUUCGAAAUCCCUUUCCAAAUACACCGCGAAAAUGGACACAUAAUGUUAUUGUGGUUAGGUGAUUUACAAUCAAGGACUAACAUUGAAGGGAGACUAGUAUUGAUCGAAAUGAUUUGUAAAGAAACAUUAUCACAAGACUAUGACAACAGUUUUCAUCAAGCCACAACACCUUGCCUUUCAUUUAGAAUAGCAGGAACUCCAAGUGUAAAAGAAGUUUUAUUUUCAACUGACAUUCGAUCAUCAGAUAAUGCUUCUAGUUCAGGAUUAACAAUAAGUGAACUAAUAGCUGUGGCAAUUUGUUCUAUUCUAUUAGGAUUAAUGUACGUAGCAUCUAUUUUGUUGUACUUGCAUGUCCGUAAAGGGAGACCUAAGAGACAAAAUGGAGAUAUAGAAGCGUUUAAAAAUCCAUUAAUGUCAAAUGGUAUAACUGAAGAGGGCAUAGUAAAAAACAACCCUCUGCUACAACAUAGUUACAAUGAUAACGAGGCUUUUGAGUCAGACGAAGACAGAAAUUAUAGUAUAAGUACACAAGGAGAACCUUCUAUGGAUAUGAUGGAAAAUAAUAAUAUUAAUAGAAAUUUAACAACGGCUAUUGUACACCCUAUUCAGUCGUUUAACUCGUGUAUUGGCCAUUCAAUGUACUAUUCAGAUUCAAAUUCCAUAGAAAAACAUCCAGAAGAGGAUAUUUCAAUAGUAGAAACAUUGGAUAACAAAGAAGAUCGACCAGAUAAUAUCAGAUCAAUAGUGUGUGCUAACCCAAGAAAAAAACUUUACUUCAAUCCAGACUAUUUUGAACUUGAAUUAUUAAUGGCUCCUCCACCAGCAGCGUUAGAAUUUUUAGAAAAAAUUCGUGAAGUGAUACACGAAGCAAAAAGAAAAAUAGUGAUGAAAAAAUUCACACCAAAUCUUAUUGCGAUUCUUGAAGAUGCAAAUGAAGACACAAAUGAACCAUUAAGUUCUUGCAAUAAAUGCAAGACUCAAUUUAAAAUUAAAUCAGCUACAAUACAAAAAUGGUUGAUGAAUGUACCUAUAGAAGUUACCAAGCCCAAGAAAAAUCAAGCUCCUUGUAUUCCCGUUGAGAUAAAAGCAAAAGAUGGUGUUAAGGAUGGAAUCGACUUGCAACUUAAGGAAAACGAAUUAAAAUCAAAAACUAAUAAUAUAGAAGAAAACAAAGAAGAAGAAGAAGAAGAAGUAAUAGUAGAAGAAGAAGACAACGACGAUGACGAUGAUGAAGAAGAGGGUACUAACAUUGAGUGCGAUAGUUUGGAAAGAUCGAUGAAUCACAGGCAAAAAUGUGGAUAUCAUACACCAUCAGAGUACGGAUUCGUUAGACCAGACCUAAGUCCAGUAUUAAGUAAUUCUGCUUUACCAAUGGAUGAAGAACUUACCAUUAGAACCACAUACACUUAUGAUACUAUCACAAAAAGAGAAAGCUAUUAUGAACAUAUAUCUGGUCCAGACUGUAUACGAGAAAAACCUAAAAAGGAAAUCUUACCCGAUAUACUCAAUAGGUCAUCUGAACGUUAUAGUUUAGUUAGCGAAGUAUAUGUAAAUGAUAACUUUAAUACUAGUAUGUCACCUAAUAAUUCACUGGACAAAAAAAUUAAAAAGAAGAGUCCAGGUCAAAUAACUAUUGAAGUUGAAGACUGUCCCGAUAAUCAUCCAGCAGAAGAUUCCGACAGUUUUGAACCAGAUACAUUAGAUAGAAACUGUACAAAAAUAAAACCAAACUUGAAAGCAGUGUACUCUUCAGACUCAUUAGAGCAAUUCAAUAGUUCUAAAAGCAUAAAUAAUAAUGGAUUUGGUAGUUUAUUAGAGAUAUACGAAGCCAAGAAUGUCAUGGCUGAUGUGCAAAAGAGAAGGAAUAUGAGCCAACUUGAGGCCCAAUACUUAAAACCAGAUCCAAAACACUGUCGAAGGCAAAGAUGUCCAUCGCCCUUGUCUGUACAAAAGCCUCCAAAAAACGUCUGUGUCAGAAGCACUAGCAAACCCGGAGUCAAGCAAUUCAAUUGCACUAGCUCACAAUUCAACCAGCGAACCCACAAUAUCAUGGCUGGUGCUUCUGACAAACAAGCAGUCAAAGUUCAAUCAAGUUCGCCAAUUGAUCAUAACAGAUAUGAAGACUCCGGGUAUCUUAGUACUGAAUCUAACGAAUCUCUCAACAAAGUGGUGGCUACUAGUUUAGAUACAGAUGAAUCUGGGGCAGAAAGCAUAGACACAGAUUUCAAAUUUUUUAAAUCACGUACAGACCGUAAUUACUGUGAUUGGUAAUCAUUAUUUAUCCAAAGAUAUAGUUUUUAUCAAUUUAUUUUUAAUUAGUUAAUAUAAGUACCAAAAAUUAGAUUUAUUUGUAAAUAUUCAUAGAACAACAUUUAAAACAAUUUCUAUAUAAUAAAAAAUAAGAGGUUAGGUAAUUGAUCAAAAAUCAGUAUCAUUUAAAUCAAUUAGGCAUAUCUUCAUUCAUUACAAAAUAAUAACUUUUAGAAAAUAUACCCUAUGACAGAAACAUUUUUUGUUAACAUCAAUAUAGUAACUAUUAAUAUUAAUAUAAACAGUAAGAAUGUAUAGUUAUCAUAUGAUGCUGAUUAAAAUACUUUCCAGAGAUAAUCUUAAGAUUUUCUUUAACAAAUAUUAAUAUUGACUUUUAAACAAAACUAAACAUUGAAAAUAUUUUUUAUACAUCAACCGAAUUAAAUAAA